AUGGUUUUUGUGGCAGUGUAUGUAGAUAAUGUUAUACUCACAGGAAAUGAUAUUGAUGAGAUCAACUCCUUGAAGAAGUUCUUAGACCAGACCUUCAAGAUCAAAGACUUAGGCAUUAUGCAUUAUUUCUUGGGAAUGGAAGUGUUGUAUAAGGAAGAUGGGGUACUGAUCUCUCAGAGGAAGUUUACUAUGGAUUUAUUGGAGGAGUAUGACUGUUUGCAACAAUCUUCAUUGUCUUCUCCUCUUGAUCCUUCACUCAAGUUGAAAGUUGAAGAAGGUCUUCCAUUAGAAGAUCCCACUCAUUAUAGAAAGCUGGUUGGGAAGCUGAAUUUUCUUACCAAUACCAGACUUGACAUAGCAUUUAGUGUACAACAUCUUAGCCAAUACAUGCAGAAUCCUAGAGAUACUCACUUAAAGGUUGCGUAUCAUGUGUUGAGGUAUUUGAAAGGUGAUCCCAAUUUGGGGAUAUUCCUAUCCAGCAGAACAUGUUAUAUGAUCAGUGCCUUCUAUGAUUCACACUGGGCUGCCUGCCCAGAGUCCAGGAAGUCUAUUAGUGGGUACUUGAUACUGCUUGGUGGUUGCCCAGUUAGUUGGAAAUCAAAAGAACAGUCCACCAUAUCCCUGUCCUCAAUUGAGGUAGAGUACAGGUCGACUAGAGUAGUAGUUGGUGAGCUCGUUUGGCUGGCCAGGCUGUUUGAAGAAUUAACAGUUCCAUUAUCUCUCCCAAUUCCAGUUUUCUGUGAUAGCCAGACAGCCUUACACAUAGCCAAGAACCCAGUUUUUCAUGAGCGCACCAAACAUAUAGAAGUUAACUGCCAUUUUAUACGAGACAAACUUCAGAAGGGUCUGAUUUCCUUGCAUCAUAUCUCCACAUCUGAUCAGUUAGCUGACAUAUUCACUAAGACUCUCACAGGAAGUGAAAUACAAGUUUUCAAGUACUAUACAAAGGUCAAAACUUAUUCACAAAGUAUAACUGCUUCCACAUUGAUGAUAAACGUUCAGGCAUCCAGCUGA